UUCCACCCGCCGUAAUGUGUGGCAUGAUACAAAACGUUUAGAUGAACGUGUUGUUUGGAAUGACUUCAUGAAACGCUGCAUAAUAGCUCCAGCCUACGCCAGUGCAAUUCGACAGGCCAGAAAGCACAUUCCUGGCUAUCUACAUAACUCUGAAACACUUGGCAAGUUUUCAUCUGAAAACGAAACUGAAGACGGUCUCAAAUGGUAUCAUGAGUUGUUUCCUUCGAUCAAAGACUUGGACGCAGAUUGGAAGCCUGUUGGAGAAGCGCUUUACAAGAAUUUCAUACCGUUUGCUCCUGUUUUGCCUGUUGCUAUGUCAGUUCCCAAAAGAAAGAUGCCACGUACAGAGGCACUUCUCUCAUAUCUCUCCGGGAUAAAUCAAGAGAUUGAGCAUAUUCCAGUCAAGGUUACAUGGUAUGAAGUCAGCGAAGCCUACUUUUGUACUAAUGGCGUUUCCUGGUCACUCGAGAAGACGCUGCUGGGAAUCGGAUUCCACCUCCUCACACACACGCCGCUAAAAGUUCACGAGAGUUUCAUAGAGGCAGAACGUAACCAAGACGUGAGCCCAGAACAAGUUUGGAAGUUCCUCCGCAACAGCAGGGAGAUUAAAGGUAAUUUACCCAAGAAUGUCGAAGCAACUUCUCUUCAUGACGCCAGAACUGUCCAUGAACUCACUUCCUACUGUGCUCAAGACGACAAAUUCGCGGAAAAUCUUGAGGAAAUUCCUUUGCUUCUUACACAGGAUGGCAUACUUCGUUGCUUCCAUCGCAAACCUAUAGUUUUCUGCAGCAGAUUUAGUCAGCUUUUGCCCUCCAAACCCGAGCUUUUUCUACACCAUCGGCUUCUAAAUAUUUUCGCGGGCAACCUUGAUAAGUGUUCAAAUGUUAUGCAAAAAUUUUGUUUAUCAGAUCUUGCCAAAUUUCAAUCAAUCCUUUUCCCGACAAGUUGGAUGAACACCGCUUCCCAUCAACCAUGGAACUCAAACGGGCAGGAUGAACCAUUUCCAUCACAAGAAUGGCUCAAAUUAAUCUGGGAGUUCAUUGACAACGUCUCGGCAAGCGUGGGAAGUAAUGACGAAGCCGAAGAAGAUAACACGAGUAAUGCCCUUCAAGAUAUCUCAAGUUGGCAUAUAAUCCCCACAACUCAAAACUACCUUGUUCCAGUCUCCAUGGGUAAAACAGUUCUCAAUGUUAGCACGCCUCUUAAUAGCGAUUCACCUCAUGACAAAGCCAUUCGCGAGCUCUUAGUAAAGCUAGACUGUCCACAAUUGAACCAUACCAUUUUGAUAUCUACGUAUUCGCGUUUUUCCCCAACAGGGGGAGCUACAGGUGUACGCAAACACUAUCUUGCAAAGAUUCAGUCGACGAAGGAUGUCCUGGGUCUCUUACACGAAGCUUUAAAUUCCAACACGAGAGGUCGAGCUACACUCACAAUUCGUGAAAUUGAACGACUCCUGACUUUUCUGCAAGGGGAUUUUUCCUGCCUGUCACUCCCUGUCUUGCGGAGUCUCCCAUUUUACCAAACCAUCGAUGGCACUUAUACACGGCUUUCUACAGACAAUACAGUUUACGAGGUGGCAGCCGGUGUUCCUGGGGAUGGCCUCCAUGUACUUUCCGAAGUAACGAACAGUAUCUUCUUACACCAGAAUCCUAAACUCGCAGACCUUUACCAGUAUAUCGGAAUCAAACCAGCUUCAUCUAUUGAGUUCUACAUAAAUAUAGUUCUAAAGUACUUCGAUCGUUUAACACCCGAAGGAAGAGUAAACCAUUUAAAAUUCGUAAGAGAUUACCUCUUGCAUGAGCAUUACGAAGGUUAUAGAGUUUUGCUACCGGUUAUGGAGCAGUUAUCAUUUAUUCCGGAUCGUUCAGGGGCACUUCUUCAAGCGAGAGAGUUUUAUAACCCAGAUAAUACAGUUUUCAAGAAGUUUGUGCCAGACGAAAAGUUUCCACCUUCGCCGUUUGACUCUGUAGAAUGGAGAGAUUUUCUAAAGAAAGUUGGUCUUCAAUGCGCAGUCACCAAAAACCAUUUCUUGCAGUAUGCCAAACAACUGGAAGAAGAGGCUCGCAAUCGUCUAAAUUUGACUUCAGACAAGGUGGAAGAAAUCUUGAAAAAGUCGGACGUUCUGGUUUCUCAUUUAUUUGACAACAACAGUUUGCACACUCCUUCACUCCUUUCCCAAAUUUCAGAAAUCUGUUUUGUCCCUGCGGCAAAGGUGAACAAGUUGUUUCUUGAUAUCCAUCACUCGCAUACACAAUCAAUUCUAACGUGUUUUAACGACUCCGUGAUUGAAAAGCACUCAGCUCUUGUGUGGUCGAGUGCAUCUUUGAUAGCAAGUUCAGCAUUCCCGUACAGAAGGAACAAUUUGGUUAAAAUGCUCGGACUACGUACCAGUCCUCCGCACGAAGUUGUAAUUUCCCAUGCCAUAAACAUUUCUGCAAAGUCUGACGUUCCCACACGAUUGCAAGCAACUUUUUCUAGUGUUAUGACCACGAUAUACAGCUACUUAAGAGAAUCUUGCCAUUUGACGUCUGGUCCACCUGUUGCAAAUUGUUCACAGGAAUGUCGAACGACAAGGCUUGUCCUUCGCGAUAUUCCCGUGAUAUUAGUCGACCAACAAAGAUUCGUGCGGGGCAGCCAACUAGCAUUCAGUGGUGUACUGGAUAGUUUGAAUCCAUACAUGUUCAAUAUUCCUCGUCCACUUCAACAAUUCGAGCACUUCUUAAAAUGCCUUGGCGCUCAAGAAUAUCCAACACCACUUCAAUGUUCAUCCAUUCUAGCAACCAUUAAAGGAAGUUGUGGAGACAACCAAAUGACUACAGAAGAGAAAACUGCAGCCGUCGACGCAACAAAAUGUUUGUUUAAACGUUUAAGCGAGGAUAAGCGAAACCCUCCAAUAAAUAGAGGUUUAGAUUUGAAUCUUUCUCAAUCUUUGCGGGAUGUCCCUACACUAUAUCUUCCGACUGUAGGUGAUGUUUUGAAGUCAUCUCGCGAGGUUUUUGUUAAUGACAUCGCGGAAAGGAAAGAACGUUUAAGAGAAUUUCGGAACAAGCUACUUGUUGAUCUAACCAUGAAGGAUGAAGACCCUCCUGCGAGACUGGUGAAACUGUUGCCGAAAAACUUGAGGGUUCAAAUAUUAAGUUCUAUACUAACGGAAGAGCUGAGUCCAGAUUGUCAACCCUGUAUUCUUGACGCUGCAAACCGUUGUGAUGUCGUCAAACCAUAUCGAGUGAUGAUGUGUUCUUCAGAGUUCAGCAAAGCAUUAUGUCGCGUGUACAAGCGCCAAGAAGAAAUUGAUAGAAUUCCACAAGAAGUAGAAAACGAUCUUAGACGUCUUGAGAAAGGCGUUAAAAUAAAAUGCAUGAGGACCAUAAAAGCUCGGCUUGUUCGGAAGGAGACUGGGGAGACAGUUCCCGGCAGUGAAUCAGACGACGUUUUUACCUUCUGCCAGAAAAGUUCUGCUGGAUUUUCUAUCCUAAUUAAACAUGACGGAGAGGCUAAUUCUGCAUUGUUGCACGAGAGGUUAAGCUCCUUUAUUUCGAUGAUAACUGGGCAACAUAUUAAGGAAGCUCAGUGGCGUUAUCUCAUGAUAAUCCUUGGCUUCAGAUAUCCUGAAGAAAUACCCGCGAUAAUUGAUAGAAUUGGAAUACCUCGAAUAGAUGGGCCGCCAGAUGGACCAGUAGGUCAAAUAGUUGAACCAGAGAGUGCUGAAGAAGCUAAACGUUGGUUGAGGCAAGCGCAGGAAGAUUUGGAUACAGCAAGGUCCCUACACCAAACCCAACAUUACUCUUCUUCUUGCUUCCAUGGCCAACAAGCUACUGAGAAAGCUUUAAAAGCCCUCAUGUUUGCCAAAGGUCGUCUUAAAAGCAGCGACUUAGAAAAACACGACGUGAUGGGUUUAGCAUAUCGAGCGUCUGAAAUAGAUCCACGUCUUCACUCCAUUCCGACAUUGGUUACCUGCAUACAGGGAUAUUACAUCAAGACCCGCUACCCCGAUUAUCAAAGAGGUUUUCCUCAACGCUCCAUUCCAGCAGACAAGUAUACACAAGAUGAAGCGAAUCAUGCGGUUUUAAAGGCUGGUGAAGUUUUACUUCUUAUCCGUGAAGUCGUGAAUUAGGCUAUAUACGAAUUGAUUCGUAUAAAUACGCGAGGUAUAUUGCUUAUUUCAUAAGAAACAUUUUGUUUGCGAUGAAAGUAGAAUGAGUGAUUAAUUGUGACCUGGAUUAUUAUUUUAAAUAAUUCAAAUUGUGAAUGAGUCGAGAGUUUUCAGUCGGAUUAACCAUGCAUUAUACUCGGUGUAUGUAAAUAUACAACGUAACGUUUUCCCUGCAUGGUAUAUUUUUCAUUUCCCUAAUGUAACGUUUUCCCUGGUAUAAAAAACUACCCAUUGGUCUAUCUCAUUUCUCUUCUAUAUCGAUGACUCAAUGUAACCACGUAAUUAGCAGUAUUACAGAGUCAAUAUUUUAUAUGUUAUUUACACAUAAGUUUCAAGUUUUUUAACCGAGUUGAUGCUCCGU